AUGGAGUGCUUGUCAUCCAAGUUAUGCAACCAAGCAAAGCCAUUUCUGGCCGUGAUCUUCAUGCAGUUUGGUUAUGCUGGAAUGUCCAUCAUCACCAAGUUUGCCCUCGACCAAGGAAUGAGCCAGCAUGUCCUCGUCGUCUAUCGACAUGCAAUCGCCACUGCUGUCAUUGCCCCCUUUGCACUCAUCUUUGACAGGAAGGUGAGGCCCAAGAUGACUAAGGGGAUCUUCCUCAAGGUUGUACUCCUGGGAUUGUUGGAGCCAACGAUCGAUCAGAACUUGUACUAUACAGGCAUGAAGUACACAUCAGCAACUUUUGCUGCUGCUAUGGUGAAUGUUCUCCCUGCCUUUGCAUUCCUCAUGGCUUGGCUCCUGAGGCUUGAGUCAGUGAACCUGAAAAAGGUGCACAGCCAGGCAAAAAUAAUGGGCACAAUAGUGACAGUGGGAGGAGCCAUGUUGAUGACUUUGAUCAAAGGUGCGAGGGUGAACCUGCCAUGGACUGAAGGUGUUCAGGCUGCCACGACUUCAGCAGCUGCUCAGGAUCCUGUAAAGGGUGCAGCUAUGAUCGCGAUCGGUUGCCUUUCCUGGGCCGGUUUUGUCAUUCUGCAGGCAAUCACUUUGAAAUCAUACCCUGCAGAGCUCUCUUUGACAGCUUUGAUUUGCGUGAUGGGAACGGUCGAGGGCUCGGUUUUGGCCAUUGGGAUGGAAUGGGGAAAUCCCUCUGCUUGGGUCAUUGGUUUUGACACCAAGUUCUUAGCUGCUGCCUAUAGUGGAGUGAUAUGUUCAGGAAUGGCAUACUACAUACAGGGAGUGGUGAUGAAGACCAAAGGCCCGGUUUUCGUGACUGCUUUCAGCCCUCUGAGCAUGGUGAUCGUCACAGUCCUGGGUUCCAUUUUCUUAUCCGAGGUUCUGUACAUGGGAAGGAUCCUGGGAGCAAUAGUCAUCGUGACAGGAUUGUACAUGGUGCUGUGGGGGAAGAGCAAGGAUCAAGAGCCCGGCAGUGGGAAUGAUAAGGUGGCUGAUUUGCCCACUGCUAAUACAGUUGCUGCUACUGCUGCUUCAUCAGUCGACGAUGAGAAGAUCGAGGAUGAUGAACACUUUGUUUCCCUCGAGGUCUCAAGAACUUGAAGACGACGAAGAGCAAUGAAAGAGAGAGAGACAGUAAGAGAGAAUAUCAAGUCUACUCUGUCACUGUACCAUUUGCUGCUGAUGUUAUAUUUGGGAGAGGAAUUUUGCAAAGUGUGACUGUGAAAGCAAAAGUUUACCUUUUCAUGUAAACCUUCUUUGCCCUGUUUUCUUCUUUUUGGUUAUUUCGGUUUAACCAUAAGUGCAGAGGAGAUGAUCCCCCCUCCACAAGUUUUCCUUUUUCUUUUGUUUUUGGGGGAGAUCAAUUUGUAUGCUCCAGUGUGUCUCUCCUGAUGAAAUGAAACAAAGCAGCCCUGUGUGGAAGUCCUAAUCCAGGAACAUAAAUGAUAAUUAAUAAUAAGUAUUAGUAUCAUAAUUGAAACA